AUGGCCACUCAGACGAUCACCACAUCCCUCGAGUGCGACUCGAUCAGCAUCAAAGCACCCGAGUCGCCUACUCGAGAUGCAUACAACGACCUCAUGAAGCAGUUCGGCCUCAAGCCGCCCAAGAACGAUGCCUCAACCAACUUCGACAAGUUCAUGGAUAUGCGAACACAGGCGUUCUCGAUUCUGAUGCAACUUCGCAAAAGUCUGCAUCAUCACAUGGGUAGGGACGACUUGGAGAAGCAGCUCAACCUCGGAGAGUUUCAGGAGCUGUUGGGAGGCAUGGACUCCCGAAUCGAGCAGCAGGACUUCCAGGCUCCCGCGAAGAGGCUCGGUCGCGUACAUGAAAUUCCCGUGAUGAUUCCCAAGAUGGUUGACACGACUGAUGCUAUUUCGGACAUGCUGAACGACAUCCUCCCGAUCUGUCGCGCAGCAUCCGGCGAGCCAGCGCUGUAUAUUGACUGUGAAGGUGUGGACCUCGGUCGUGAUGGGUCGGUCACGAUGCUGAGUAUACAUUGUCCAGAGAACGGGGAAGUUUACCUCGUCGAUCUACUGACUCUGCAAGACUCGGCCAUCACAACCACUGGCACGGGUCGUUACAACCAGUACGUGACCCUCAAGACAAUCCUGGAAGCUCGAAAUGUCGUCAAAGGCAUGUGGGACUGCCGCAAAGACAGCGACGCUCUCUACGCCCACUACAAUAUCAAACUCGCAGGCGUUCUUGACAUUCAGCUUAUGGACAUCAUCACCAAGAGAGAGAAAGAUCGCAAGCAGCUCAUCGGACUCGAAUCGGCUUUCACGUCCAAGCUGAAUGUAACCCCAGACGAAGAGAUUUCGAUCAACGUACUAAGCCACUGCGCCAAAGUCGGAAUGGAAGAGGGAGCUGUCGAGAUGCAUCGCAUCUUCCAAAUGGUCAAGGGCCAGAGAGCGGGCGUCAAGUACCGUCCAACCGUAGCAUCUUCGGCUGAGGAUGCCAUCUCAUAUCGUGUCAAGCACGGCUUGGCGAAGUCUGCAAUGGAGGAGAGACCAUUGCCAGUGGCGAUGAGUCAGUCUUGCGCCCAGGAUGUGCUCAUGAUGCCGAUGCUGUAUCAGUAUUACAGCGAGCAUUCGCAUUACCAUGAGGAGCGGCAGAAGGCGGUAGAGCUGGAGAGUCACAGCCGAGUUGGUCGAGCACGAGAGCCGGUUUGGCCUUGGGAUGAUAUGAUUGCACCGCCGAGUGCGUGGAAGCAUGCUUACGUUAGGAAGGUGAAGAAGGAGCGUAGGAGGGAUAGCGCUGUGCAGGCGUAG